UAUAGUAGAGAAGAGGAAAAAUGAGUUCAACUGCGAGCCGCAAAGAAAAUGAAAGGACCAAAUUAAUACAGGAAAAAUGCCAAACUCUGCUGACUCAGAUGCUUCGCGAUGAGGACAAUAAAUACUGCGUUGAUUGUGAUGCAAAAGGACCGCGUUGGGCGUCUUGGAAUCUUGGCGUUUUCUUGUGCAUACGUUGCGCAGGCAUUCAUCGUAAUCUUGGCGUACACAUAUCGCGAGUUAAAUCGGUCAAUUUAGACACCUGGACGCCAGAACAGGUGAUCUCAUUGCAACAGAUGGGCAAUUCUCGUGCGCGUGCCGUUUAUGAAGCACAGUUACCAGAUGGUUUCCGCCGUCCCCAGACCGAUACCGCAUUAGAGUCAUUCAUACGUGCUAAAUAUGAGCACAAAAGGUAUUUGGCGCGAGAAUGGGUGCCGCCGUCACCACCAAAAGUAGAUUGGGCCAAAGAAAUUGACGAAGAGUUAGAGCGGCAAAAACGCAAGAAAAAAGCAGCCCAAGCGUGCACUUCAAUGGGGCUUAGUGUGAUGAGUGGCGUGGGCACCGGGGGUGACAAGAAAAGCACCACAUCAUCGUCAGGUUCGAAAUCAGCGGCACUGCCAGCGCCGUUGCCGAAACCCAAGGCAGGACAAGUUGGCAGUAGUUGUAGCCCUAAAACACAGCGCAUUUCUACGAAUUCGACAGGCGGCGAAGGCAAUCACAGCAGCGAUUUGCUCGGUCUCUCUUCACCUACAAAGCCAUUGCAGCAUAAUGUGGGUGGUGGCGCAGCCCAGGAUUUGCAAAAUGACAGCUUCACUGGUUUUCUUAGUGCGACUCCUUCAGUUGUUAUGCAACCUGGGGAACACAAUAAAGCUGGGGAAUCUAAUGGACAAAAUACCACGCAAAACUCACUGGCUAAAGACGAAGAAGAUUUCUUUAAUCAAGGUUCGCUAACUGGCUCUGAAAAAGAUAAGUCAGGGAAGCUGACAAAGGAUAGUAUAUUGGCAUUGUACGGUACCGCACCAAGCAGCACAGGAAAUUCACACAAUCCACAUGGUGGCCAAAUGCCUUUUGGCCAACCACAGCCAAUGUUUGUUGCCACUGGCGCUUACUCAGGCGGCAUGGUUCCCGGUUAUAUGGGCGCAGGUGGCGUACCACAUCCCCAGCAACCUCAAUUCAUGACACCGCCGAAUUCCACAAGCAUGUAUAAUGCACCCGUCAUGACCGCGCCCACUGCGUUCACCACACCAGGCAUGCAUAUGGGUGGUGCGGGCGCUACAGGCGGUUUUAAUGCCCAAUUCCCUGGCACGGCCAGUACCGGCAUCUACACACAACAACACCUGGCGGGUCUUGGGAAUAUGAUGGUUAACAGCGGACAACUAGCGGGCCAAAUUAAUCUUAUGCAAACCAAUCAGAAUCUGUUAAGUGGCAUGCCUAUGAUGGGCGUAGGUGCCACGUCGGCAGCCAUGGUGCAGCAGCCGCCGAUGGGAAUGAGCAUACCCAUGGCAAGUGUGCCAAUGUCAGCAACAUUUCAAGCGGCACCUGCAGCUGCAGCAGGCGCCUCUACUAAUACACAUGGUCUGAACCAACAAUUCAGCAACUUAAAUAUCGGUAAUGUGUGGCAAUGAGGGGAAGACAAAUUGCGGGUUGGUGAAUAAUAGCGCCUGCAUCACAUGCCGUCAAAAUUCAACUUGCCUUGUUUAAUUCGUCGCUGUCGCAGGCCACGUCAAUGGUACGUUGAACAUUUAAAUAAAAAUGGAGCUUAAUAGUUUGAAGAUGAUUAUAACUGAAAUUAAUUAUUGUUCCUUUAAGCUUCUUAAAAGAAAACUAAUCAAUGUAAUUAUUAAAAAAAUUAAGAUUUCCCCACAAGAUCCGGUGCUUAAUUCCUCCUUUGAGCUUUAAACAAUGCACCGUAGUUCAUUCCUUACUGACACGCAAUAAUAUCACAAGCCAAACGAAAACAUUUAUACUAAAUAUUUUGAAAAUGAUAAGGAAAAAAAGCGAUGCAAAUCGAUUCAUUCAUUACUGUUGCGGUUAAGUUGGAUAAGGUCUCUUGCUGUUCGGCAAGAUCUAGAAAAGGGUUAUUGCAAUUAAUUUAUAGCGGUUCAGGCUUCUUAAUUUAUUUACAUGUAAUUAAGCGAUUUUGUGUUUCACCUACAUACAUGUAGCAAUUCAGUGUAUAGCAGUAUAAAGCGGUUUGUUGAAAUCAAUUCCAAAAA